AAUUCCCUAGAUUGGGGAAAGUAACGAAGCUGUCAAGUUUUUGUUUGGUGCUGAUGUAUGUUAUUAAAAUCCAUUUUUUUCGGUUGAAAUUCACAAAAUUCAAAAUGCGUAGCGUUUCCUAACGUUGCUUUCGCCCAAUCUCAUCAUGAAUCGCGUCACAAACGGCAGUUCAACAAUGCCACCGUCCGCUAUGGAUAAAUCCAAAGACUGGCAACUAGAGAUCUUAAUGGAGAAGCUGCGCUCCAAGUCCUCGCAGUACAAAAGCUUGGCCGAAAUAUCGAAAAAUGUCCGAAUGGCGAUGCUUGACAAACGCUACGCCCUGGACAGCGUCGAGAAGAGCCAGCACCAGAAGUGCCUCGACACGUUGCAGCACUCCAUCAAGGUGACGUCGCUGCAGAGCAUGAUCGAGCGCCUCGAGAGCUUAACAAGACAGCUGGGGUUGAAAUUUAUGGUGGGACCAUCGGGGGUGGAACUCUUCAUAUCUUCCGACAUGUUCUACUUAGAGAUAGUCUUAGAUCAAACCGGUGCUGUGAAAGAUGUGAAAGUGCAUCACGAGAGCAAGCUCGAGCAGCAGAGCUGCUCGGAACUCGUCAAUUGUUUAUCUAGAGGCGAUUUCGCCGACUUCACUGCCCAACUGGAAGGUUUCGCGUCGAUUUACCAGUUGAACGCCGAGAAGAAGAUCAAGUGCAAGGCGUUCACUGCGCUGCAGUCGUUGGAGUCUGAUUUGAGCACGCUAGCGCAGCUGCAGUCUUUCAUGAAGGAGCCUUUCAAUUUGUUGUAUAAGUCGCCGGUGGGGGUGCUCGAGAAGCGGCGAGGGGGGCACCCGAUGAAACUGACGUACUUCGUCUCGCCGUACGAUUUGUUAAAUGUUGAAAAAUGUGAUAUUGAGCCUAUUACGGUUGAUACAAUCAUCAGUAAGUCGUUAGGGUAUAGUGUGACGGUUUGUAUGGAGGGGUCUGCGACGCAUAAGUUGCAGACGACGACGUUGAUUACGGUGAAUAGGAAUAUCAACGGGAAGAGUACUCCGUCGUUUUCUUCAUUGAGUAGUCAGAAUAGUGCGGCUAUUCCAGCGUGUUUCGUUCUCAAGUUGAAUAAGCCAAUGCCAAUGUGUGUGAGUCUGGUUCGACAGAUUCAGCAAGUUACUGAGUUGGAUACUAUAGAACAAUCAACUACCCAUCCGUUGCUUAGUUUAAUAGUACAUCAUGCUAGUGAUGGGAAAAUGGAAUCAGGAAGUAACAAAGGUCUUUUUGUGACGCUACCAGAUCAAACUCACUGUUACUUCAUGACUGAAAACAAAACCAUGGAUGGUGUUCUUGUGACUAGCAUUCCGUUUACGCAUCCAGCUCAUGUUUCUCAAAUUUUGGUGAUUUUAAGACAGCAAGCUCUCUUCAAUACGAUAAUCAGUAGUUGCGUACGUCCAAAUAGUAAACAAGACUUCGAAAACAUGACCAUGUUCGAAAUAAGUGCCCUUUCCUGGACCCACAUCUCCCUCUCCCUCGAGCACCCGGUCGAAGAAAGCAUGGCCACCGCCGAAAUCGACCUAACCGACAUUUCGAACCUCGUCUGCAAGAUCCGCAGUCCGGGAACCCCGCCUCCGGCGAACGCUCCCGACGCCACGUCCGAUCUCAGCACGAAGAUCCUAAACCGGUGCUUCUCCAUCCCGGUGACGAUGCGCGCCGUCAUCAAACUAUGGGAGAAGCAAGCUGCCAAACGCCAUUACAACGGGCACGAAAAUUUUAGUUUACCCCUCGGUUCCGGCGACCCUGGGGGUCACAAGGGGGCCCCAGGUGGAGGAUUGACGGAAUUCGGGGGGUUAGAUAAGAUCAAGCAAGAACCCCCUGGUAACGGCGGCCACGGCAUGAUGAUGCAGGGACAUCAAGGGAUGUUCCUCAACGAGUCGAUGAUGGCCAACGCGAAUUUCCAGAAUUUUCAGACGAGCGACGGCAUGCUGAGCAGCAUAGAGUUGACGAACAUUCUGUCGGGGAACGGACAGGAGAAGAUGAAGCGGCCGCAUAAGAGGAAGUCGGACGAUUUGUGGAAGAACAAGAGGAAGCUGGGCGAGGCGACGGACGCGGAGAUGCUGGUGGAGACGUCGAGCAGCGACUCGACGUCGAGGAGCACGCCGAUUUCGCAGGAGAACGAGAUCCCGACGCCGAAUUCGGGGUUGGGGUUUCAAUCGGAUUUGGAACUGAUGAGUGGUUUGGAUCCGGCUGAGUUGCUGGCCGACUCAGAUAAGGUGAGUGGUGAUUUUGGAAGUCUGGACGAAUUAGGCGACGUAGAGGAAAUGCUGGCUGGCCCUUCUAGACGAAAAUCUCGAGACCAAAAAUCGCCCACUAAUCUCAUGAUGGAUUUAGGCGAGAAGAAUUUGGUACCUCCAAGCGUCAGCAUCACUCCCAUCGCCACGAGUUCGCCGGGAUUCACCUCAGGCGGUAACGCGGAGAAGAGAACCGGAAUAGAAAUCAUAGCCUUGGCGACUUCCGCCGCUAAUGCACUGCCCAGUUCCAUCACCAUAACGCCGAUAACGUCGUCACAAAGCAAAAGUGGCGAAGAGAAGAACAAAGAAAAGAAGAGCAGCAAAAGCAGGUCGGACGAUAAGGGACGCAUCGAAAAGAAGAGAAAACGCAAACGCGACGAGAGCCCUAUGGGUCCGCCCGAGAAAGUCCCCCCAAAGCAGGACCCCUUAACCAAACCGGUAACCGUUAGCAUCAAACCGGCCGAAUCCCCUCCGCUCAACAUGAGCACGCCGACCAGUCCCAGCAUGAUGCGCAAGUUCAACGCCUCGCCCACUCAGAACCGCAGCCUGUCGAUGAGCGGCAAGCUCAGCCCCAACCUGAUGAAGCCCACCCUCAAGACGGGCUCCUCCCACCACAGCCCCAAGCACAGUCCCGCGCACGUGCCUAGCAGCCCCAAGCACAUCAUCCCCGGCAUCUCCAGCCCGAAGAGCCACGGCACCUCCCCAAAGCAUCCCUCGGCCAGCGGCUCGGGCAAACCCAGCAUGUCGACCUUGAAGAGCGCCGCCAACUCCCCCAGUAGUAAAAAUAGCGACUCGAAAACGAAAUCCGCUUCCAAGGACUCUUCCAGGGACAAGGACAAGAAAAUGUCGGGUGUGUUUAACGUGAGUGCGUCAAAAAACAAGUCGUCCGUGAAAGUGAAACCGCUAGAUUUGAACGCGGACACGUUGAGCGGAGUCCAAGACGGGCUGCCUUCCCCUAGUUCGACGGACGUGUCGAAGUCGUCGAAUUCGAACCAGGUUAGGAACAGAAAGGGAUCGCUUUCGGCGAUCGUAGAUAAGUUGAAAUCGUCAGCGCAACACUGUGAUGGUGCCACGGACUUAAGUAGUAAGUCGUCGAGUGGGGGGAGUGGGGGUGGUGGGGGUAACAGGGAGAGGAGCGGGCAGGUGUCGACGAAGCUGAACGAGAGUAAAAGUGGGAAGAUAGGGGAGGCGAAGAACUCAGAGUACAUGGUUAAACCGAGUUCGGACGGGAUGAAGAUAACUAUUAAUAAGACGAGGAGUAAGGACAGUAAAACGAGUGUGAGUAAAUCUGGGACGGGGUCGCCGAAGACGCACACUGGGCUGAAGCCGGGGGUGAAUAGUGGGCCGGCGUCGAAGAAACCGCAACAUUUAGGUCAAAAGCAGAUUUCCGGUUCCAACGUUAGCAACUCAACCGGUGGAAGCACAAACUAUUCCGGCAGCAUGAAAAGCAGUAAAGCUCCAUCAUCCGGUACCAAAGUAUCUAGCGGAGGCACUUCAAAGUCACUCUCCAAACUAACCGGUUCACCGAAAAGCGCAACCGACUUAAGUCGGAAAGACCGACCGAAACUAAACAAAAGCAGCUCAGAAAAGUCGAUUUUUUCGUCGAAAGAUGGUCGCAAAUCAAGUCCCACUUCCAACCGAGACGAGUCGGAUGGAGUUUACAAAAUGUCAAAGAUGGACCCUUACCCGUCUUCUAUAGUCGAAGGCUUAAUGACCGUCAGACAACUAGAUAAAAACUUCCAAAUCCCCAAACUAUCAGCACGCGCAUCCGUCGACGACAAAAAACCCAAAGUCACUUCCGACAACAUGAACAACAUCAAUCGGACCGUCGACACGAAGAUCUUCGACAUGAUGAACAAAACCGACCUCUCUUUGCCCAAAUUCAAUCCUCUUGCGAUUCCCGGCAGUAAAACCUUCGAAAACUCCUUGGACCCUAAACUCCGAAACAACGUGACCAACACUCUCCCUUUGCCCAGUUCUAGUCCGAAAGUGAAAGACGAAGAAGACAAGAAAGACCAGCCGCAGAACCUCACCCAGAACAAGGACGACUCCGCCUACAAAAUUAACUAUCCAAUCACAGUGCCCAAGUCGGUUCUCCCUCCCAUUCCCGAGCCGCUCAAUCUUUACAACAAAAGCAUCGAUUUGACGGCGAAAUUCGUAGCGCCCGCCCCCAAAGACGAUAAAAAAGACACGAAGUCGGCGAAGAACGACGGUGACGUGCUUCUGGAUUUUUCGAGCGGUAAUAAAAUGGAGGGGAAAGGUGGUGGGGGCAGUGGACCGAUGACGUUUCCUCAGUCUCCCUCCGUCAGUGUUCAUAUAGUUAAGUCGCCGGCUCCCAGCCCUCUUAUAGCGCCGAGUCCUCAUUCGGCGUCGCCCUGUAUAACGGACGAUGAACUUAUGGACGAGGCGGUGAUCGGUAUAGGGAAAUAAAAAAUCGGGUUUUUUUGUAGUUAUUGGCGCGAGAUCAUGAAGACAAACGAGGAGUUGUGGUAGUCGCGGUUCGGUGACAGUGAAAGUGAGGUUAGGUAAGGUAGAAGGGAUGAGGGAAAUCUAGAGGGUGAUUCAAAAUUUAGAGCUGUUUCACAUUGAGGAUUUAUUGUACUUUCGGGUGUGUGUGAAAGUGUUACAAAGUCGUUAUUUUUUGCUAAAAUUACUUCAACGUGAAAUGGCCGCUACAUUUUUUUAUAACCCUGUGACUCAAAUCGUACUAUAAUUUUGUUAAGUCUUUCCUAAGUGGAAUGUUUUAAAUAUAAAGCAAGUACAGUGCGAUUCAAAAAAGGGAUAUGUAGUUGGAAAUAGUGAUUAUGGUUUUGUGAUUAUAGUCUUCCAAUCUAGUCAGGCUCGUCAAAGUUUUCGUCUGAAAAUCAUAAAUAACGAUAAUUAUUAAAAUGGAUAAUGAGUCACAUUAAUAUAUUAAGAGUUUAAUGUCUUCCAUUUAUGGAUAAGACAAUUGUGAAGAAGCUAACGUUGACGUAUUAAAAUGAUGUGGUUGCCACUUUCGACAAAACUGGAGAAUUUAAUCUGAAUCUGAAAAUAUGCCAUAUUUAUAUUUUUGAAGUGGAAUAUUUUGGAUAGUUUAGCAAAUUUAGGUCCAGACAGAAAGAUGUUUUUUAAUUUUUGUUAGAUAAAUUCAUAUGUAUUUUUUAUUUACAAGGUUGUACGCCAAAAAUGUGACAGUUCACUUCAUUGUUAUUUUAACGUUGUGCAAAUGUUAAAAGUUGAUAUCAGCGUGACAAUUAAUCAUAACCUCAAAAUAUGCUGACAGCAUGCUAUGACAUUCGCAAGAAAAUUAGUACGUAGUCAACUGUAGUUCUCCUUUUUCUUCGUGGUACAUAAAACGCUUACUUUGUAAGAUAGAAGUAAUUUCACCACGAAAGGGUACAGGGGCGGGGCUUAAGUUGCGCGACUUGUAGUCGGGCUAGCAGUGGCGUAACUGGAUGCAUUGAGAAGGGAGGCUCGGCUGAGUUAUACUUCUUUCAAAAAACAAUUAAAAAAAGAGCAAUUUCUACAAAAGAAUACAGACAACCAUUUAAUAGAAAUAAAUUAAUUUGUUUGAUAAAAAAAUAGACUUACUUAACAAUAAAUUAUUAUAAUCCAUCACACAAAAUUUGGUAUUUUUAAUUAUUAAACGAGUUUAUAAUGUGAGGGAUUAUAGCAUAAGUAAAAAAAUUCACGAACCCCUCAUUAUAAACCAGUAUCAUACACUAUUUUAUAGUCGACUAGUGUUAAAUCAAUAGUUAAAUCUUUAAAUAAAAGCGGAGAUAAAACUCUUAGAAUUAGCAACAUAUGACUAUAAUUAGAUGGUUUUUAAUUUUCUGGCACAAUUUGUCCAUACCGUAAAGUCGGAUUAGAAUAAGGCUUAACGUUUUCUGUCUUUAACCUCGAAGUAAUAAUCACAGUUCAUAUUCUAGCAUAAUUGUCGUUUAUAACUAAAGCUUCAACUGUACCGUAAUUUAACAGUUAUUAUUGCUCACUAAAAAUUACCUUUUUACUUAUUUUAUUUACUUUUUUAUUCAACUCAUACAUCAAAUACAGCACUAACAAUUGUUUAAAUUCAUUUUCUAUAAUAUCAACGCUAAUAAAAUAGGAAAGUGAUAUUUUUAUUAACCACAAUAAUAUUUUAAUAUUUCAAAAUCGAAAUAUUCAUCGCCGCUGCCACUGCUUUCACGAUAUUUGUAAGGCCAAACCAAAGCAAUGUUCUGCGCACUCCCACCAGCUGUACCCUUUCGUGUUGAAAGCCACUCUACGUAGUCAACUGUAGUUCUCCUUUUUCUUCGUGGUACACAAUUUGCAGUCAAUUAACACUUUGAGAUCCGAAUGUUUCAGUCAUUCUAUAUAUUUGAGCUGUUUUAUUCAGUAUCUAAAUUAAGAAACUUUUUUAAUCGCACUGUAUCGUCCAGUUCUGGUAAAAUAUGUAAAUGAGAGUCGGUCAGAGGUGAUCUCUUCGUUAUCAACCUGUUGUCAAUUUGUUAAAACACGAGAAGGCCCUCCGAGUUAUACAACAUUGUAAAUAUUUAGAAGUAUAAGAGAUUCAUUUGCCAUCAGUAUUAGAGUAAGUGGGUAUUUUCUCGUGUGUUCAUUUGCCCGUUGUAUAUUUUUUAAAUUGACAAUUUUCAUUUUGUGUUGAAGAGUGGUAUUAAGUUAUCAUAUUUGAUCAUAAUUGAGAUACCUUUUUUUACAUUACUCUCCUCUCUUCUAGUAUAAAAUAUUUGUAGGCAAUUUACUAAUGAACAAGUUUGUUUACAUACAUGAUUAUUAAUUAAUAUGUAAAGAGUAGGUACAAUUAUAUAUAGGUAAUCACAAUCACAUGAAAUAUUUAUGAAAAAGUUUAUUUUGUGUUGUGCAUAUCAUAGUACAAAAUAAACUGCUCGAGAAAAUGUUAAAGUAUGUGAUUAUUUUCAACCCGUUCCGUUGCAUAUUUUAAUAUUUCCUUUAGUGGUUCAAUAUAACAUAUGAAAUAUACAAAAUAGAUUAUUUAUAAUAAA